CCAAGACGCCCUGUGAGGAAGUGGCCUUUACCUGAGACCCUCAGGCCAGCACAGAGCUAAUGUGCCUGGAACUUGCAUUUUUGGACCAGCCUCCAGAAACCUGGGGAUUUCCACCAGGGCAGUGAGCACCCCCCGCCGAGAAUUGUCGGCUGCCUCAGGGUGCCAGGGAACACAAGCAAGUCACCAGCUGUGACUGUGCCCCAAAGUCCCCAGGGAGGAGGAGGAGGAAGCCCGCAGGAAGCAGCCCAAGAAUGACUGGACACUCCUCCAGCCUUCAGUCACCAUCCAGGGGAUUUUUUGCACCACAGAGGGUAAUUCCUGCCGCAUCCCUGCUGUGACUCAGCUGUGACGUUGAACCACACAAGCCAGUGAAAAGAUAAAGUGUUCAGACUCCUGCUCACCAGAGAGAACUCACUUCUUCUGUCAGCACAGACUUUACAGGGCCGGUCCCCACCCCAGAGGAGCUUUGCCGGGCCCCGCCCUGGCCAGCCUGGGACCCCAGGAUGGCCUCCGGCUCCUCCAGCAGCCCCCGCCCGGCCCCUGAUGAGAACGAGUUUCCCUUUGGGUGGCCCCCCACCGCCUGCCCGGACCCACCAGAGCCCAGGGCCCUCUGCUGUGCCGCCUGUCUCUCUGAGAACGUGAGGAGCGGCGAGGAUCGGAGGUGCCCCAAAUGCAGAGGGGAGGACCCCCAGUCUGUGAGCCCAAGAAGCCUUCUGUCUCAGGAGAAGGAUCACCCCAAGGUGGCUGAGGCUGAAGUUGGGUGCCCCUUUGCUGGUGUUGGCUGCUCCUACAAGGGGAGCCCAAAACUCAUGCAGGAGCACGAGGUCUCCUCCCAGACCACUCACCUAAACCUGCUGUUGGCUUUCAUGAAACAGUGGAAGGCCCAGCUGGGCUCCGGCCUGGGCUCUGGGCCCUUGGCCCUGGAGCGGAAUCUGUCAGACCUGCAGCUCCAGGCAGCCGUGGAGGUGGCUGGGGACCUGGAAGUUGACUGCUACCGGGCACCCUGCUCUGACAGCCAGGAGGAGCUGACCCUGCAGCACUUAAUGAAAGAGAAGCUCCUGGCUGAGCUAGAGGAGAAGUUGCGUGUGUUCGAGAACAUUGUCGCUGUCCUCAACAAGGAGGUGGAGGCCUCCCACCUGGCAUUAGCAGCCUCCAUCCACCAGAGCCAGCUGGACCGUGAGCACAUCCUGAGCCUGGAGCAAAGGGUGAUGGAGUUGCAGCAGACCCUGGCCCAGAAAGACCAGGCCCUGGGCAAGCUGGAGCAGAGCCUCCGCCUCAUGGAGGAGGCCUCCUUCGAUGGCACCUUCCUCUGGAAGAUCACCAAUGUCACCAGGCGCUGCCAUGAGUCAGCCUGUGGCCGGACCAUCAGCCUUUUCUCUCCAGCUUUCUACACUGCCAAGUACGGCUACAAGCUCUGCCUGCGGCUCUACCUGAAUGGGGACGGGACGGGGAAGAGGACCCACCUGUCCCUCUUCAUCGUGAUCAUGAGAGGGGAGUACGAUGCUCUGCUGCCCUGGCCUUUUCGGAACAAGGUUACCUUCAUGCUGCUCGACCAGAACAACCGCGAGCACGCCAUCGACGCCUUCCGGCCCGACCUGAGCUCCGCGUCCUUCCAGCGGCCCCAGAGUGAGACCAACGUGGCCAGUGGCUGUCCGCUCUUCUUCCCCCUCAGCAGGCUGCAGUCGCCCAGGCACGCCUACGUGAAGGAUGACACCAUGUUCCUCAAGUGCAUCGUGGAGACGAGCACCUAGGGGGGCAGGGCUGUCCCAGCCACACCGACUCCUGAGCGAGGACCCCUGGGGAGUUAGUACGAUGACUGAGGUCCUGCCCUUGGUGCCCAAGACCCCAGGACACAACGUUGGGCAGGGCUGGCAAGAUCUGAGCGGGACUGACAGACUGACCAUGGCUGGCCAUCAGCUUAGGCGGCGGGGCCUUGGGCUGCGGCCACAAGUGCGGCAGGAUCAUUGUUGCCCUCUGCACUGACCACGCAACCCUGGAGGCCUGGGAGCCACUCCAGCCCCGAAGGUUGAGGCGGACUGUGAGCAAGGGAGGGAGGGACUAGGGCCCAGGUCUGCAGUGUGGAGGGUGGGCGUAGGUGAGCUCUCCAGACAGGAAGAUCUCAGCCCUGGGCAGGGAAGCCGUCAAGUUGGGGCUUGGAUUGAAGACCUUCACGUUUCUUCCAGUCCAGAACAUCUCCAGUUCUGGGCCUCUCGCCCAGAAGAGGCCUAGGAUUUGCAGGGGGUUCUGGAAACAUCUAGGAGCCUCAUGCCUGCCUGGCUCCUGACCCUUCUUCAAUACUCCAGGUGGGCCCAGCUGGCAGCUCCGGUCCCUGCCACGUGGGGGCCACGCAGGCCCUGCGUCCAGCGCCCAUGCCCACAGGAGCCCCUUCACCUCCUCGGGGUGCAAACAGGUGGCUCAGCUCCCAGGAGCAGCGAGCAGAAAUGUGGAGAAGGAGGGGCCAUGGACGCUCUGCUCUCCUUCCCUUGGUGGCCUUGCCACCUUUGCACUUCCCUGCAUCUCACAUCACCUCACUAAGCAAAGUAUUUCCUUCUUUCAGUUGACUGAUCGGGGCCUCCGAGCCACUGAGCAGAGGUUGUCCUUUUAAAUAUGUAUAAAACAAGACAAAGAGAUUUUUGUA